CCAUCUGGACAUUUUUUGUUCUAUCCAUAAAUCACAACAUGCAGUUGACAAUCUGGUUUGAUACCCAUCAUUGGUUGUGCAUGAAGCAUGGCACAUCCUUAACCAAGCUCACUUGGACUCGUUAAUGCCCAAUGCUCUCAACUAUAUCAACUUUACAUCUUGCGUGGACUGAUCUUCAAUUAUCUUUGAAUAUUCGAUUUUUUUAAGAAGAAGUCUAAUUGCUAAAAUGAAAAACUUUGGAUAGAGGUUUCGCUCGAAUCCGUUAAAAUAUAAACGUCAUGUCGUCUCUUCCUCCACUCUUAUCCGAGACGACGCCUUGUUUUCUACAGUGAACUCCUGAAAAUUGGCACAGCAAAACAUCCACCCGCAUCAAGAUCAAAUCCGUACCUUCGCUGAUCUAAAAGAGUGAAACUUUGCACAAAAUAGUUGGUAGGUAGUGAGAUAUUAGACAUGAAUGUGUAUAAAGCUUGUGGAGUGUUGUUGUUUUUUACUUUUGUUUUACCAAUUGUGAAAUCGAAAGAGCAAUUGAGUUCAAGAGAAUGUGAGGAUCUGGGAUUCACAGGACUUGCACUCUGCUCAGAUUGCAAUACUUUAGCUGAAUAUGUUAAAAACCAAGAGUUGGUGUCUGACUGUUUGAAGUGUUGCACAGAGGAUUCUGAUGAUUCCAUAAGCAAGAUUACCUACUCUGGUGCAAUAAUAGAGGUUUGCAUGAGGAAAUUGGUUUUCUAUCCUGAAAUUGUUGGUUUCAUUGAAGAAGAGAAGGAUCAAUUUCCCACCGUUAAAGUCCAAUAUCUUUUCAAUUCUCCACCAAAGUUGAUCAUGCUGGAUGAUGAGGGUCAGCAUAAGGAAACCAUUAGAAUUGACAAUUGGAAACGUGAACACAUGCUUCAGUUCUUGCAGGAGAAGGUUAAGCCUGCUUCAGCAAUCUAAGAGAGUGGCAUUUUUUCCCUUGAUAAAAGGUUUCUUAAUUCAAUGCUGAUAUGCCUGUAUCUUAAGUAUUUGUUUGGAUUCGUAAAUUAACUUGGAGCAAUAUGUGUAGUGUGAUCAGCAAUGUUAGUUUCCUUCUGCCCCCCUUUAAGAUUCCA